AUGUGUCAUCUCAGUUGGUCGCGUUUGAUGAGUGCUGUAACGUACUACAGCAUCUUGGGAACAUUUAUAUGCACAGGGAUUCUACUAGGGACAACUUUCCUCAUCGUCCUCGACAUUGUCGACGAAAUCGGCGAAUUCCGCACGAAAGUCGAAGAGGAUCUUGAUCAGUUCAAGAGUUAUGCUGACGAUGCUUGGAAAACAAUGAUGAGUGCUAAAAGUGAGCAGCCACGGAAGCAGAGCGUCUUCUUUGAUUCCAUCAUCCGUGUCAGGAGAGGUGGAGCAUACGCAACUGGAGGAGGAGGAUACACAAGCGGUGGAAGUGGUGGAUUUGGUGGAGGAGGCGGUGGUGGCUGUCAAUGCGCAGCUCGAGCUGCUUCAUGCCCUCGUGGUCCACCAGGACCACCUGGACAAGCAGGAUCCCCAGGAGAAGAUGGUAUACCUGGACAACCCGGUCAGCCUGGUAGCGCUGGUCAAGCUGACUCUGGAUCACAUGGCGGAGGUUGUAUCACAUGUCCAGCGGGACCUCCUGGCCCACCUGGAGCCGAUGGUCCUCCAGGUCCAGCAGGCCCAAGCGGAAAUCCAGGACAAGACGGACAAGGUGGCGGUGCCGGUGCGCCCGGACCCGUUGGGCCACCUGGACCACCAGGAUCAAAUGGAAAUCCUGGCGCACCUGGACAGGAUGGACAACCUGGAGCACCAGGAACCCGCUCAUUCGGCUCCCCUGGUCCAGCUGGACCUGCAGGACCACAAGGACCACCUGGAACACCAGGUCAAGACGGAAGCAGCACAGGCGGUGGAGCACCUGGACCAGCGGGACCAGCAGGACCGGCUGGAAACCCUGGAGCACCCGGAGGACCUGGAGGCCCUGGGCAGGCAGGAAGUAACGGUUCACCUGGAUCCGAUGCAGCUUACUGCCCGUGCCCACCAAGGACUGGGGGUAGCGGUGGCGGUUUUGGCGGAGCCGGAGGUGCUGGUGGCGGUUUUGGUGGAGCCGGAGGUAAUGGUGGUGGCUUCGGCGGAGCUGGAAGUGCUGGUGGCGGAUUUGGCGGAGCUGGAGGUACUGGUGGCGGCCUCGGCGGAGCUGGAAGUGCUGGUGGCGGCUUUGGCGGCGGAGGUGCUGCUGGUGGAGCCGGUGGUGGAGGCAGCGGUGCUGGAAACUACAACGGAGGUGGUGGAAAUUCUUACAACAAGCGUAUCCGUGUGUACUAA